AUGAAAGUUUCUUUUAAAGUACUUGCCGAAAAAGAUAUCGAGUCUGCUUUGGAGUUUUUUGAGAUUGUAAAGAAUUUCCAAUCAUCAUCAUUUUUUACAGAUUUCCAAAUCACAACAUCAGAAACGAUCGACAAACAGAAUCGACGAGAACGACGCGCAAUCCUAACAAAUAUCACGAAACUCAAUGCCUUCGUGACAGGAUACCGUGAUUACUUUCUUGUUUCUUUACGUGAUAAUAGAACAAUUAGUAACUUAGCAUCUGAUUCCGUUGAUGCUUCUCUUUUGAUGAAAUCGUAUCAAUUACUUUUUGAAGUAUUGGAGAAAAGACGCGAGGAUUUGAUGAGAAUACUUUUGUUUCAAGAUCAAUUUAUCGUGUUUGCCACUCGCAAACUUUUGUUGGACUGGAUUUUUGUGGCUGAUUUACAUUAUUAUCAGACGAAAAAAGACACCUUAUCCUCACUAUUAUCUUCGUUUACCCGAAUACUUUGGAGAUUUUUUGACGAGAUUAAUGAUCCAAAUAACAUAAAAGACAGCAACAAAAGUAAUCAUCCUAGAUAUUACUUGGCAGUGAAUGCGAUUCUCGAAAUCUACCAUCAAAUUCUUAAAGAUUAUAGAAAACGGUUACGUAGUCAACUUAAUGUAAAAGACAAAGGUUAUGUAGGAGGAAGAAUUGAUGGUGAAAAUGUGGCGAAACAAAUUCUUCUUAUGCGAGAUAUUUGGAAAUGGAUUAUAGAGUUCAUUAAAUUUUUGAAUAGUACAAGGGAAAAGAUGACCACCAGCACCGCAAAUUCCGAAAAUCAUCAUCACAAACGACUACAAGAUGAUGCUGUUGAUUACUCCAUUGUAAUUGUUCCCAUAAGACGAGUGCUCGAGAUUUUAUUGUUGAUUUCUAAAUCCGCAGAUAAUGAUAUCUCGUUGAUAUCCACAGUUCUGUUCUCCCAAACUCAGUACACUUUACAUCUACUGACCAAUCUUACGCCACUUAUUCUGGAUAAAAUGCUGUUCUCCUCAUAUGACGAAUACACCGAAUUCUUUUAUACACCGCCAUCUUCACAAUCAUCUUCGUUAUCACAGACAUCACGACCUACAAUAAUUUACGAUCGUGAAUGUCUGAAACGCGUAUCUAUUAUAUACAUGUCAUCGGUCAUUAGACUGAUUGAUAUCUUCACCGAACAAAAACAAGAUGACGAGGAUAAUGAGGAUGAUGGAAAAACGUCUAAUAAAAUUCUUAUUGAUUUUGCGAGUACAAUUAAUAAAAUUGAGAUUUAUAAAAAUUAUAAUAUGUUGAACGAAGUUAUUAAUACUGUUAAAGAAUUGCUAGAAAGUUCAAAAUUAUUAAGCUUUAUUUCUCGCUUGUUUGGUGAGAAUGAUGGUGACAUGAUUUCAUUUAUUUUGAGCAUGGUUCAAUUGGCUACACGAUUUUCAAAAUUUGAACAGAGAAUAGAAGAGUUGACGAAAGACAAAAAAGAAAAAAGAUUCGUGGAGCAAGUUGGAGAUGGCGAAGGCGUGGAGGAAGAGAAUGAUCAAGAUGAUGAAAGGGAGAAUGAUAAAGAUGAACAAGGAGAAAAGAAGGACGACGAUAUUGAUGCGGAAUCAAAUAUCGAGAUGGAAAUUGAAUUAUCAUCACCUCAGCAAAAAAUACUCGUCAAAUUCUUGAACAUGUUUGUGAACCUACGGCAAGUUAUCGAAUCUUUAAUGUCUAAACAUUUGUUUCCGUAUAACGCUACUUCGUUAGUAAGGCGAAUUAAACAGGUGGAGGAGACUUUAAUAAAUUUAUUUGAGAACGAGAAUAAUAACAAUUAUCUUUAG